CACAGCUGUCAGAGGAGCGCGCCUGUGACGAUGGAGGCUGCGAUCGAGGUAUUUGUAUCCAGGAGGCGCGUCUUCCUCUAUUGAUAAACCAAGGAGGUCAGAGACUCCCUUUUGGAAGCAGGGUCUGAUUUUUCUGCGCUAACAGAUCUAAAGGAAGCAUCAUGUUCCAUGACUUCAUUUCACCCCAGGGGACUUCAGGCUGUCCGUGCACGGAAGUUCAAGAGUAAAAGGCCACGGAGUAACAGUGAUUCUUUUCAGGAAGAGGAUCUGAGGCAGGGUUUUCAGUGGCAGAGGAAGAGCCUCCCUUUUGGGGCAGCCUCAUCCUACUUGAACUUGGAGAAGCUGGGUGAAGGUUCUUACGCUACGGUUUACAAGGGGAUUAGCAGAAUAAACGGACAACUAGUGGCUUUAAAAGUCAUCAGCAUGAAUGCAGAGGAAGGAGUCCCAUUUACAGCUAUCCGGGAAGCUUCUCUCCUGAAGGGUUUGAAACAUGCCAAUAUUGUGCUCCUGCAUGACAUAAUCCACACCAAAGAGACACUGACAUUCGUUUUUGAAUACGUGCACACAGACCUGGCCCAGUAUAUGUCGCAGCACCCGGGAGGCCUUCAUCCUCACAACGUCAGGCUUUUCAUGUUUCAACUUUUGCGGGGCCUGGCGCACAUCCACCACCAACACGUCCUUCACAGGGACCUGAAACCUCAGAACUUACUCAUCAGUCACCUGGGAGAGCUCAAACUGGCUGAUUUUGGUCUUGCUCGGGCCAAGUCCGUUCCCAGCCAGACAUACUCUUCAGAAGUUGUGACACUCUGGUACCGCCCUCCUGAUGCCUUGCUGGGAGCCACUGAAUAUUCCUCUGAACUGGACAUAUGGGGUGCAGGCUGCAUCUUUAUUGAAAUGUUCCAGGGUCAGCCUUUGUUUCCUGGGGUUUCCAACAUCCUUGAACAGCUGGAGAAGAUCUGGGAGGUGUUGGGAGUCCCUACGGAGGAUACCUGGCCUGGAGUUUCUCAGCUACCUAACUACAAUCCAGACUGGUUCCCCCUGCCGGAGCCUCAGAGCCUUCAGAACGUCUGGAGCAGGUUGGGCAAGGUUCCUGCAGCUGAAGACCUGGCUUCGCAGAUGCUCAAAGGCUGUCCCAGAGACCGCGUCUCCGCCCGGCAGGCGCUGGUUCACGACUAUUUCAGCGCCCUGCCCGCCCAGCUGCACCAGCUUCCUGACGAAGAGUCUCUGUUUACGGUUUCAGGAGUGAGGCUAAAGCCAGAAAUGUGUGACCUUUUGACCUCCUACCGGAAAGGUCGUCACCCAGCUGGGUUGAGCAAAUGCUGGUGAAAAGAAAGGCAACAUCACCACGAUCCUUCCAGGGCUACAUUACUGCUGUUUCGGUUUUAAUUUGCUUGAGUUUACUAGGAAGCUUCAAAUCUAACUCCACAUUGGACCAGGGAUUUGUACCAUCACCUGUGACCUAGAAUGUUUUUGG